AUCAUCAUGUGUCCUAAAUCCAAAGCCAGCGAAGAAGAGAUUCCGCUGGUACCGUAGCCGCUGAGCUAACCACCAGCCGGUUCUUGUCGCGUUGUCUGCAACUUUGCAAGUAAGCAACUCGUCACCCGUCAGCCACCACCAAGUCACCUUCGUUAGGCUGUUUGCCCAUCCAUCCACCCAUCGUCUUGCACGUCCAAGAAAUCGAGAACUCACGCAGGCGUCGCCCACUUGCCCUCUUCGUCCUCCUCCCGUCGUGAAUUCCACGCUGGUUCAGGGAUGUCGAUCGAGCUCCUGACGAAAUUCCUCACAUUGCUGUUCGGGUAUGCCAUGCCAGCGCUGGAGUGCUUCAAGGCGAUCGAGCAGCGGCCCGGCCGGGCAGAUCAGCUCCGCUUCUGGUGCGAGUAUUGGAUCAUCCUAGUCCUCCUCGUCAUGUUCGACGAAAUUGCUGGGGUUCUCAUUUCUAAGAUCCCAAUGUACUACGAGCUGAAGCUAGCCUUCCUCGUCUACUUGUGGUACCCAAAGACAAGGGGAACGGACAUCGUGUACGAGACCUUCCUCCAGCCGCUGGUGAUGCAGUACCAGCCCAACAUCGAGGCCAGGCUCCAGUACCUGCGCGCCAAUGCCGGUGACAUCCUCGUCUUCUACCUCAAGAACUUCACCGAGAGAGGCUACGAGCUCUUCCUCCGAGUGCUUGACUACGUCCGGUCGCAGGCGUCCAGAGGGUCAAGAACACGGAGUUUCUUCUCGUUCCGAGGUGAACGUUCGGAGAGGCCAAGCUUCACCGAUGACUAUGUCACUGGCGGCGACCGGAGGGACGGGGGAAGGCACCGUCGACCACGCAGUGGCUACUAGUAGACCAAGUAGUCACUGGAUGUAUAGGAUGUGCACAGAAACAUAUACGAUUACUGGUAUAGUGUUAGGUAGGAGUAGGAUCAAAUCAAGCAAACCUUACGGACAGAACUUGUAGGAUCCACUGGAAAAACAGAUAGCUUCUUAUAAAUUUUCUAUUCAUAUUGUCACUUUGUCAGC